CAGUUGUUCCUGACCGGCCGGAGACGAGGGGAGGUAACGGGACCUGGUCUUUGGCGCUAUGAUGCAAAGUUUCAUCGGAGUGUGUCACCUCUUCUCGGUCCUUCUGCUGCAGCUCGUACCUGCACAGAUCUCACACCCUCCAGAGGGAAGUCACUCAAAAGUGAUGGCGUUCCAGGAGGUGUGGGCAAAGAGCCUGUGUCGGCCCAUGGAGCAGUUGGUGGAUGUGGAGCAGGAGUACCCUGGAGAAGUGGAGUUCAUCUACAUGCCUGCUUGUGUCCCACUUUGGCGCUGCUCUGGUUGCUGUGGGGACGAGAACCUGGAGUGCCAGGCUACGCUCGAACGCAACAUCACCCUGCAGGUGAUGAGGCUUCACCCCAUGUUAUCUAUGCACCACAUGGAACUGACAUUCGUGGAGCAUCAGAGAUGUGAAUGCAGACCCCGUCAGAAACUCCUGAAUAAUAAAAGCAGCAGCGAGUCUAUCAAGAACAGACCUCGCAGGAGAAAACACAAGAAGACAGCAAACGGCUGUGGCAAGUGCCAGUUCCCUCAAAACAAGAUCGAUCUUCACUGAGUCUCAUCUGUCCAUUCUUUAAUGUGGAGGAGUAACUUCAGAGUGGAGCUCAUCUGUGAAUCGAUCAUCUCUCAUUCAUCCUCUGUUUAUAUUUCUGUCCUCAUCCAGUGCGUCCGUCAGACGUUCCAUCUUGGCCGUGACAUUGUUUUAUUUUUUGAUAAAUUCUCAAAGCAAACAAUCCUAUCUGCAAACUCCUCCAGCUCUAACUGCUGUUUUUAACAGAACAAAAUCAGCAGCAGUUUUAGUUUUAAAAGGUUAGCUGCUUUUGUGGGAGGUUUUAAAAAUAGACGACAGAUUCAGAAUAGGUCUAAAGAUAACUGGUAGGAUGCAGUAAGCAUAUCUGUUGCCAGGGGAAAUGAUUAAAGGGACAGUUCACCCCCCAAAAUACAAAUUUUCUUCUUACCUGUAGUGCUGUUUAUCAAUCUGGAU